AUGGCGUCCCCUGCGGUCAGUGGCUUGAAGUUAACCUUCAUCAUGACCGGACUUUGUCUCGCGGUACUGCUUACCGGAAUGGACCAAACUAUCCUCGCUACGGCUGCGCCCACCAUCAGCGACGAGUUUGAUGCCUUGGACGAUAUCGCCUGGUGGACAAACCUUUACCUUCUCAUGUUGAGUAGCUUCCAGCUAUUCUACGGAAAGCUAUACACUUUGUUUUCCAUCAAACUCAUAUACAUUGGAGCUAUCGGAUUAUUCGAAAUUGGCUCCCUGAUAUGCACGACCGCACCGAACUCUACGGCUUUGAUCUUUGGACGUGCAAUAGCGGGUCUCGGAGCGUCGGGCAUCUUCUCCGGUGGGGUCCUGAUCACCACCAAGGUCAUACCGUUGUCGCGCAGGCCCGCCUACCUCGGGAUCAUGUCUGCAGUCUUCGGCGUUGCAGCAAUAGCGGGUCCCUUUAUUGGAGGCGCUUUGACGGACCAAUCUACGUGGAGAUGGUGCUUUGGCAUAAAUCUUCCCAUCGGUGCUUGCACAAUCAUUAUUUGUGUCUUCUUGGUACAGAUUCCCCCGGAGCCCGCUGUCAGGUCACUCAGCUGGAAAGCUAAAAUCCAGGAAUUCGACAUCCCAGGAACAUUCCUUCUGGUGUCUGGCCUCAUAUGUCUUCUCCUAGGUCUACAGUGGGGAGGCGGCAUAUAUGCCUGGAGCAGCGGACAGGUGAUUGCUUUUUUAACUCUAUCCGGUGUCCUCCUAAGCGCUUUCGCGGUGCUGCAAGCUUCACAUCGAUUCGUCAAAUCGAAAACAAUCCCCACGACCAUUAGCAAGGAUAGAGAUAUCUGGCUCGCGGCAAGCUAUGCAAUGGGACUCACGGGAGGCAUAUAUGUACUCAUGGUCUACCUGCCGCUUUGGUUCCAGGUCGUCCGAGGGAAGACUGCACUUUCGUCUGGCGUUUUUCUUACGCCCACGAUCGGCGCUUACGUGGUUGGAUCCGUAAUAGCAGGUGGCGCGACGAGUGCCACCGGCUACUAUAACCCCGGGAUGAUACUCGGAACUAUCCUGCUCAUCACAGGCGCCGCAGUCCUAACCACGCUGGAACCGAACAUCUCGACGCAUAAAGUCAUCGGGUACGAACUCCUCUACGGUUUUGGCGCUGGAUUUGGUUUCGGACAGCCCAGUUACGUUGUUCAGACGCUCCUACCAGAAUCCGACGUGCCCAUCGGUGUUACUUUCAUCACUCUCGUACAGAACCUCAGUGCCUCGAUCUUCGUGGCAGUAGGUCAGAGUAUUUUCCAGAAUGGUCUUGUCCACCGCCUCUCAUCCAUCGCUCCCGAGACCAACUCUAGCAAAUUUCUCCAAACUGGCGCUCGUAAUCUACUCAGCUCGCUACCUCCCAAAGAUCGUCCCAGAGCACUGGAAGUGUUUAGCGAUGCGCUAGUACGAACGUUUUAUAUUUCACUUGCAGUCUCUUGUACUACGAUCUUCGGUGCGUUAGGUGUUCGCUGGCAGUCAAUGAAGUCUACAAAGGCAUUGGAGAACCGGAAUAACAUUCCCCCAGAAGACACCCCCCCAAUGGAGGAAGUUAGCACUGAGAAAGGUACCUGA